GAUGACGAUAGGCAUUGCCGCUCCGGCGUCGUUCUGGUAUCUGAAAGGGUUCCCUAUAGAGGAGAUGUCUAGUGUGGUAGACUACAUCGUCUAUAUGACCUAUGACUUGCACGGGCAGUGGGAUUACGAUAAUGCAUGGGCGUCAGACGGCUGCCCUACUGGAAAUUGUCUCCGUCACCACUCUAACAGAACCGAGACCGAAACUGCGCUGGUGAUGGUAACAAAAGCGGGUGUUCCAGCCAACAAAGUCAUCGUUGGUAUGCCCAUCUAUGGACGAUCUUUUAAGAUGACAACCCCAGGCUGUGCAGGCCCAGACUGCAAAUUUGUUGGAAAGGACUCGGCGGCAGCACCUGGUCGCUGCACUGGUACCAAGGGCUACAUCUCGAAAUUUGAAAUCCGGGAGCUGAUCUCGUCCGGCCGGAGUGUCCAACAGUUGCAGACGAAAGAAGGCGACGAGGUCCUAGUAUAUGACGAGACCGAAUGGGUGGGAUGGAUGUCGAAGCAGAAGCACGAAGAACGAUCACAAUGGGUGAAAGGGCUCAACUUUGGUGGCUCUGUCGAUUGGGCGAUUGAUUUGGAUGCGAAUUUCGACGUCGGAAACGGUCCUGGGGGCGGCACCUCGAGGCCAAGUGAUCCAGAGGUCACUUCUCAACCUAGCAAUCCAGAUCCCACUACUGGACUACCGGAAGUCACUUCAAGGCCGAGCGAUCCAAACGAGCCAGAUCCCACCGAGGGACUACCGGGCGAUCCAGACGUCACUUCAAGACCCAAUGAUCCAGGCGAGCCAGAUCCCACCGAGGGACUACCGGACGAGCCAGAACCCACUCCUGGCCCAGGUGAUCCAAAUGAUGAGCCAGAUCCCACUCCAGGUUUUCCAGAGGAAGAACCAGAACCCACACCCGGUUUUCCAGAGGAAGAAGGACCAGAACCCACCCGCGGACUCCAACGGCGCAACCUCGAUAGCACUUACAGGCCGAGUAACCCCGAAAAUACUCAGAAACCAGCUCCCUCACGAAGUACCCCAACACCAAUUACCACGAGGUUCUCCCCAAGACAGACCAACUAGUAACCCGCACAUCCAUCAUUCCAGAUAUUUUCUCAUUUGAAUGGGUUGGGGUGAUCUUUUUAGGAAAACUGGAAUUUGACUUUGUAGAUUGUGCGCCUCUUAGAGAUAAUGCAUUUCAUAUAU